AUGGUUCUUAAACUCUAUGGCUCUGCCAUGUCCACUUCGCGUGUCUUGGUCACAAUUCUAGAGAAGGAAUUACCAUACGAAUUCAUCCUCAUUGACAUUGCGAAGGGUGAUCAGAAGAGCGAGGAGUACAUGAAACUGCAGCCUUUUGGCAAGGUGCCUGUGCUGGAUGAUGAUGGAAAGUAUCCUUCUGGAAGAAAGCUCAUUCCGGAGGGAGAUGACAAGGCCUAUGGCCGCUUCGAGCAAGCUUGCUCUAUCGAACAAAGCUAUUUUGCCGCUGCUGCUGAGACUAUAGGGACUGAGCUCGUCAUCAGACCAAAGAAAGGAUUGGGUCCGCCUGAUGAAGCAAGAGUCGCACAAGCCGAGAAAGACCUUAAUACAGUACUCGCUGUUUAUGAGAAAAUAUUGGCCGAACAGAAAUAUCUUGCUGGAGAUGAGUUGACUUUGGCUGACCUCUUUCACUUGCCAAAUGGGGCGGCUUUAAAAUCAGGUAGAUGGAAGGGGGCGUUCGAAAAGUAUCCGAAUGUGGAUAAGUGGUUCAGGCAACUACAAGGAAGAGAGACUUGGGUGAAGGCUGCUGCAGAGGCGGGAACUAUAGCAUGA